UCGUGUCACGGAGCCCAAGCCAGCGUGCUGGGGGAACCAACGCUUGCGCAUUCUUAUCAUCGCGAAAGUAAAAGCCAUGUACCUAGGUUUAAAGGUCAAGUCCAACAUUCCUCCCCCCAUUUCUCCAAGCUUCUCAUCUUCCCUCUCCUCUGCUCUUCCUGGCUUCCCCUCCUUCCCAAAUUUCUCUGCAUCGUUCAAGUACAGCUGCUUCUCCACAGGAAGGACGGCAGCAUUACGUGCUCAGAAUCUGUCUUGUAAGAGUGACCAAGAGUUUGCCACAGCAAUGGAUUUUGGCAAGGAAUUACCGGAAUUAAAUAUGAAUUUUUAUCCACCUUUAGAUCCGUAUGGUUCGGGCUUUUUGAAGGUUUCAGAUCUCCACACGAUCUACUGGGAGCAGUCAGGAAAUCCAAAUGGGCAUCCAGUUGUGUUUCUUCACGGUGGACCAGGAGGAGGUACUGCACCAAGCAACAGAAGAUUUUUUGAUCCCGAUUUCUACCGAAUCAUUCUAUUUGAUCAGAGAGGCGCAGGCAAGAGUACACCUCAUGCUUGCUUGGAAGAAAACACGACGAUGGACCUCAUUGAAGACAUUGAAAAGCUAAGGGAACAUUUGGAAAUUCCAGAAUGGCAGGUGUUUGGUGGGUCGUGGGGUAGUACUCUGGCCCUGGCAUACAGCCAAUCUCACCCUGAAAAAGUUACUGGCAUCGUGCUUAGAGGCAUAUUUCUCUUGCGUAAAAAAGAGAUUGACUGGUUUUAUGAGGGUGGUGCUGCUGCAAUAUACCCUGAUGCUUGGGAGCCAUUUAGAGAUCUUAUUCCAGAGAAUGAAAGGCGAAGUUUCAUUGAUGCCUACAACAAAAGAUUGAAUUCUGAUGACAUGGAAACACAAUAUGCAGCUGCCAGAGCGUGGACCAAAUGGGAAAUGAUGACUGCUCAUCUUAUUCCAAAUGAAGAAAAUAUUAAGAGAGGAGAUGAUGAUAAAUUUUCAUUGGCUUUUGCAAGGAUUGAGAAUCAUUACUUUGUCAACCGGGGUUUCUUUCCUUCAGACUCAUACCUUUUAGAUAACGUUGACAAGAUAAGGCACAUCAACACAACUAUUGUACAGGGAAGAUAUGAUAUUUGCUGUCCAAUGAUGUCAGCAUGGGAUCUUCAUAAAGCAUGGCCAGAGGCAGAUUUCAAGGUGGUUCCAGAUGCAGGCCAUUCGGCUUAUGAGCCAGGUAUAGCUGCAGAGCUUGUGGCAGCAAAUGAAAAGAUGAAAAACAUUGUCCAGAGAAAGGGACCCUAAGAACUAAUUUGGCUUCUAUUUUCAAGGAUUAGUGACAAUCCAGGUAAUAAAGAGGUUCUUUAGUACAGCGUCAUCCACAUUGAUGGGUAUGAUAUCUGUCAAGGGGAAAAACACACAUACACGCACACAUUAUGCGGUCGGAUUAAAUCACAGAACUGCUCUUACCUUUUUGGUGGUGUUGUGCUAUUUUUGUCAACUUUGCUGCUGGAGGAGGCUUUUUUUGGCCCCUCCAUUUUAUUCAGUACAAACAAAACCAUAUUAUGGAAACUGUACUUUCUAAGUUGGUAUGCUUAUGCAUGGAGUUGUAUCAACUGAAUAUUGGUAAUACUGGAUGCAUGGUUUGUAGA